AUGUUAGAUUACUAUAAGAAGACAAUCACAAAUGUACAAUUUAAUGUUAAAAAGCAUGGCCGCUGGCGGGGAACCCACGGAGAAGACAUCCAAAACAAAGCCGGCUUCACCAUUGAAGUCCUCGCAAUUCUCUGCAACGUAAAGUCUGGUUGUCCUAUAAAUACACGCUUUCUAACUACUAGUCCUCACACCCAAACAUUCAGAAUUCCUCCUUUCUGUAGUAUUAUUGAGAAAGAGAUGGAAUUUAAUGGAGCCUGUUUGAUGGCAAUUUUAGUGGUAUUCAGUAGCGUUGGCAUAAUCUACGCAUCUGAUCCUGAUAUUCUCACCGAUUUCGUUGUUCCGGCUGGGCAGAACGCACUUAAUUUGACUGGCAAUUUCUUCACUUUCACUGGAUUCCGAGAUGUGGGAAACAACAAUUUAACGGGCCAGACAGCAGUAAAAGUGACGAAGGCGGUGGCGGCAGAGUUUCCGGCGCUGAAUGGGUCUGCCGUGUCAAUGGCUGUGCUACAGUUCCCAGCGGGCGGACUGAACCCUCCUCACACUCACCCCCGCGCUUCUGAACUUCUGUAUCUUGUGGACGGAACUCUCCUUGUUGGAGUUGUGGACACCACGGGAAAGCUCUUCACACAGACCCUCAUUUCAGGGGAUUUAUUUGUGUUUCCGAAAGGACUGCUCCAUUACCAACUGAACACAGAUGCUGCCUUCGAGGCCUUGGCUGUUUCUGCCUUUGGGAGCGCCAAUGCAGGCACCGUGUCAGUCCCUUCUACUCUCUUCACAACCGGUAUCCCCGACGAUGUUCUGGCCAAAUCUUUCAAGACAAGCACACAAACUAUCGAGCUGCUCAAGGGUGGCCUUAAAAAUCCCUGA